CCAAAUGAGUACCAUGUGAACAGGACGGCAUUACAACGCUCGAUUGCGCUUGCGCUGGAGCACGUUGGUUUCGACACCGCUACCGAGGAGGCCUUAGAGAGUUUUACGCUGAUGACGGAAACAUACCUUGCAUCUCUGUGCGAAGAUAUCAUGUCGAGGGCCAAUCACGCACGCAGAAAUAUGACGAUACCAACAGACUUCGAGCUCUCCCUCAAGUACUUCAACGUCGACCUGACCAAUCUGAAACGACAUCGCCGCAAUGCCAUUCCACGGGAGAAGAUACGCGCACCUGAGCAAGAGAUAAAUCCCAAGGAAAUGAACACCUUCAGGGAUCUGCCGACCCUUGACCAAGAGCUCAGCGGCAAGCCCGACAAGGACACAAAACUAUACAUACCCAAAUAUUUCCCUGACUUCCCCAGCACGCAUACCUACAAAUACACUCCAACCGAUAUCGAGUCUGUCACAAAGAUCCGCGAGGCGGCUGCUGUACAGGCAAAGCAAGCUGAAGAAGCACUGCGGAAACUCGUGCGUGCUAGCAAGAUGGCAAGUCUCAAGGACCUACGUAGCACUGCCGAGAAGAACCCAGUGGCGAAGGUGAAGUACGACCUGUGGGAGGACAUGAUGAAGGAGAUGAUCGAGGAGCGCGGCUCAGCAAAUCGCAAAAACGAUGCAGCCAGGGAGGAUGUCGCGGAUCACAGCAUGAUCGCAAACUCCCAGAAAAAAUACUUCCGACGAGAGAUACCUCGCUCCCAAAAGAAG